AUGCGGUACAGUUACCCGUGUGCCACAACGCGGUACAGUUACCCGUGUGCCACAACGCGGUACAGUUACCCGUGUACCACAACGCGGUACAGUUACCCGUGUGCCACAACGCGGUACAGUUACCCGUGUGCCACAACGCGGUACAGUUACCCGUGUGCCACAACGCGGUACAGUUACCCGUGUGCCACAACGCGGUACAGUUACCCGUGUGCCACAACGCGGUACAGUUACCCGUGUGCCACAACGCGGUACAGUUACCCGUGUGCCACAACGCGGUACAGUUACCCGUGUACCACAACGCGGUACAGUUACCCGUGUGCCACAACGCGGUACAGUUACCCGUGUGCCACAACGCGGUACAGUUACCCGUGUGCCACAACGCGGUACAGUUACCCGUGUGCCACAACGCGGUACAGUUACCCGUGUGCCACAACGCGGUACAGUUACCCGUGUGCCACAACGCGGUACAGUUACCCGUGUGCCACAACGCGGUACAGUUACCCGUGUGCCACAACGCGGUACAGUUACCCGUGUACCACAACGCGGUACAGUUACCCGUGUACCACAACGCGGUACAGUUACCCGUGUACCACAACGCGGUACAGUUACCCGUGUACCACAACGCGGUACAGUUACCCGUGUGCCACAACGCGGUACAGUUACCCGUGUGCCACAACGCGGUACAGUUACCCGUGUGCCACAACGCGGUACAGUUACCCGUGUGCCACAACGCGUUACCCGUGUGCCACAACGCGGUACAGUUACUCGUGUGCCACAACGCGGUACAGUUACCCGUGUGCCACAACGCGGUACAGUUACCCGUGUGCCACAACGCGGUACAGUUACCCGUGUGCCACAACGCGGUACAGUUACCCGUGUGCCACAACGCGGUACAGUUACCCGUGUGCCACAACGCGGUACAGUUACCCGUGUGCCACAACGCGGUACAGUUACCCGUGUGCCACAACGCGGUACAGUUACCCGUGUGCCACAACGCGGUACAGUUACCCGUGUGCCACAACGCGGUACAGUUACCCGUGUGCCACAACGCGGUACAGUUACCCGUGUGCCACAACGCGGUACAGUUACCCGUGUGCCACAACGCGGUACAGUUACCCGUGUGCCACAACGCGGUACAGUUACCCGUGUACCAAAACGCGGUACAGUUCCCCGUGUACCACAACGCGGUACAGUUCCCCGUGUACCACAACGCGGUACAGUUCCCCGUGUACCACAACGCGGUACAGUUCCCCGUGUACCACAACGCGGUACAGUUCCCCGUGUACCACAACGCGGUACAGUUCCCCGUGUACCACAACGCGGUACAGUUCCCCGUGUACCACAACGCGGUACAGUUCCCCGUGUGCCACAACGCGGUACAGUUCCCCGUGUGCCACAACGCGGUACAGUUCCCCGUGUGCCACAACGCGGUACAGUUACCCGUGUGCCACAACGCGGUACAGUUACCCGUGUGCCACAACGCGGUACAGUUACCCGUGUGCCACAACGCGGUACAGUUACCCGUGUGCCACAACGCGGUACAGUUACCCGUGUGCCACAACGCGGUACAGUUACCCGUGUGCCACAACGCGGUACAGUUACCCGUGUGCCACAACGCGGUACAGUUACCCGUGUGCCACAACGCGGUACAGUUACCCGUGUGCCACAACGCGGUACAGUUACCCGUGUGCCACAACGCGGUACAGUUACCCGUGUGCCACAACGCGGUACAGUUACCCGUGUGCCACAACGCGGUACAGUUACCCGUGUGCCACAACGCGGUACAGUUACCCGUGUGCCACAACGCGGUACAGUUACCCGUGUGCCACAACGCGGUACAGUUACCCGUGUGCCACAACGCGGUACAGUUACCCGUGGUUUCGACCCAAGCAGAAUCAAUCAAUACCUCAUUAUCUUCUUAAUAUGAGUGAUAAACUCUACGAGUGUCAAGCGUGUGGGAAAACAUUUAGUCGUCUUGGAAAUAUGAAGAACCACAAAAUGGUGCAUACUGAUCUUAAACCUCGCACUUGUCUCGAAUAUGGUGAAAGUUUCUGCCAAACUGGAACUCUGAAAAAACUCAAGAUGGCAAAUUUGGGUAGUAAAUCAUAUGAGUGUUUUGAGUGCGGAGAAACGUUCAGCCGAAUAAAAAAUUUAAAGAAACACAAAAUGAUGCACACAGGUGAAAAGCCCUUCAGCUGUGAUGUUUGUGGAAAGAAUUUCAGUACCCGUCGAAAUAUAAUUAGGCACUUGUUAGUACACUCUGGUGAGAAAUCCCACGAGUGUCCAGAGUGUGGGAAAAGAUUCUCUCGAUAUGACUUUUUGAAGAAACACAGAAUUGUGCAUACGGGUGAAAAGCCUCAUAGGUGUGAUGUGUGUGGGAAAAAUUUGAGUAGUCGUAGCAGUCUAAAUGAUCACAUGUUAAUGCAUACUGGAAAAAAACCUUUCGAGUGUGAUGAGUGUGGAAAAAGUUUCAGGUAUCGUAGCCAUAUAGUUAGGCACAUGAUGGAGCAUUCUGGGUUUCGACCCAAGCAGAAUCAAUCAAUACCUCAUUAUCUUCUUAAUAUGAGUGAUAAACUCUACGAGUGUCAAGCGUGUGGGAAAACAUUUAGUCGUCUUGGAAAUAUGAAGAACCACAAAAUGGUGCAUACUGAUCUUAAACCUCGCACUUGUCUCGAAUAUGGUGAAAGUUUCUGCCAAACUGGAACUCUGAAAAAACUCAAGAGGGCAAAUUUGGGUAGUAAAUCAUAUGAGUGUUUUGAGUGCGGAGAAACGUUCAGCCGAAUAAAAAAUUUAAAGAAACACAAAAUGAUGCACAAAGGUGAAAAGCCCUUCAGCUGUGAUGUUUGUGGAAAGAAUUUCAGUACCCGUCGAAAUAUAAUUAGGCACUUGUUAGUACACUCUGGUGAGAAAUCCCACGAGUGUUCAGAGUGUGGGAAAAGAUUCUCUCGAUAUGACUUUUUGAAGAAACACAGAAUUGUGCAUACGAGAGAUAAACCCGAGUGUCCAGAGUGUGGGAAAAAAUCGGUGCACUUGGAACUAUGA